UAAACCGGGCCAGUCUAUUUUGUAAGUGCAAUAAAACUGUGGAGGAUACGGAAAUUAUUUACUGCUGUUUAAGGAUACACAUCGAUAUAAGACUACAGAUCAAAAUAAUAACAGAGGAAAUACACGUAGAAGUGUUCAGAAGAAAAUGGCUCAUUUUGGAGUUCUAUGUUUUGUUACGAUCGUGUGUCUCAGUAUAAGACGAUCUGACAGCUAUUAUGACUUCAAAAACAAAUAUGACGAGAUACUGGACUUUGAAUGUGCAUCUGAAAAGCAGGCUAUUAGCUAUAUAUACAGUGUUCAUGAUAAUGGACGCGAGGACAGAAGAUUCCGCAUCCUUUGCAGAGACGUACCGGGUGUACGAGGUCCGAGAAGGUGUGAGUACUCAACAAAUUGGGAACAUGCUUUUGACGAGCUGUUAGCAUUCCAGUGUAGGUCAAAUAUGUACAUUGUUGGCAUGAAAAGUGAACACCAUAAUCAUAAUGAGGACAGAAGAUGGAAGUUUCGCUGUUGUGGAUUUAAUGACUUUCAUCCGUAUGAUUGUGAGUUAACAGGAUGGACCAAUGAUUACGAUGGAGUACAAGACUUUAGAGUACCCGACGGAAAAGUUAUAAAGGGGGUCAUUUCUAUCCAUGACAAUAACCGAGAGGACAGAAGAUAUAGGUACAAUGUUUGCAAAGUGAAGAAAUGGUGAUAAACAUGAAUCAAACAGGACAAGACCAAAGUGACACGGGAUAAACACUGACUAUCUGCACUUGACCUGACUAAAUUACUAUUCAACAACAGUAUUCGUGUUAAAGAGCACGGCCUCCAUAUUAACGUGAAAAUAUCAGAAUUGUUAAAACAUGUGAAAAAAUAUGCCGAGUAAUAAAAACUAUACACCAUUGUUAUCGAAGUGGACCUUAUGAUAAUGAUACAAUUGAUUUUCUUCUAUUUCACAUCACAUUUGAAAUGUGUCACUUGGACUUGUGCACGAAUCCUACAUAUUCUACAGACAGCUUGUGUGUGUUUUAUAAAUAGAUUUUCUUCAUACAGUAUACUUUAAGUUGUGGAGUUUUUUUUUUCAUCAAUCUCGUAAAUAAUUUAAAUGUUCCAUUCCCCUUUUGGGUCAGUGACCAUUCAUAGGUUAAAAUAUAAACGUUUUGAAUUGUUUCAUUUAUAUUAUUUCUUGAUUUGGAUUGCCUUUGCACUAAGCUGACAUAUACCCAAUGACUUUAAGCUAUAUAUAUGGCAGUCAUAUAACUCUUGCAACAUGUAUACAAGUAUUAUUAUAUUCACUUAUUAUUAUCUACUAAAUCUGAUCCGAUGUGGUGGUUUCUUUUGUGAUACUUGGAGCGUGACUAUUGUUGCAUGUGCACGUGUAACGCGUGUAGUAAGUCACGUUAUACAUAAAUCACAGUACGCUUUUAUAAGAACGAAAUGUUAUUACAUGCUGAAGUCGAUUAUGAAAUCAACAAACAUUUUAUCAAAAUUUCCCGACUUUUGUUUUAUAAAAGAUCCAUUCUUUAUAAUCAAUAAUGAUUCGUAUUCUUCCCAAAAGUAGGCGUUUGCCAAAAUCUUUUCUAAAAAUGUUAUAAAGCGAAAAUAACACCAGCCAGUUAUAUCGGCAUUGGAAAGUUAUCGAAAUAAAUUAUACUAGACAGGCUGCGGAUCUAGCAUCUGCGUAUGACACCACCACGUGAACUUUUUAAAUUUCGUCAACGUCGCCUUUCUCAAAAUCUUUUAUUCGAAAAUAACACCAAUCAGUUAUAUCGGCAUUGGAGAGCCAUCAAAGCAGGCUGUGGAUCUAGCAUCUGCAUAUGACACCACCACGUGUACGUUUUAAGAUACGUCAACUUCUCCUACGUUACGGUGGUGUGUUGAAAUGUUAUUUAUUCAUCAUGUAAUAAUUUGACAAACUGCUCAGUUUGUUAUCUUUUAACGAUGUAACGACUUAAACGAAUAUUCGAUAUUCUUAUCCGGCGACUAUAUGUGAGCUUCAUGAACAGGAGUCACGCUUCGCUUAGCACAGACUACACCUAAAUACCUGUGUCUAUUACGCAAUCAAUAAAUCAUACGUGGAUAUUUUUGUUCCCUAAAUAAAUUUCUAACAUAUUAAUAUAUGAAAAGUAAAGAAUGCCAUAAUGUGACUAACCACCUUUAAUACAACAAAUAUAAAGUUGAAGUCUAAAUUAGUAAUAAUCUGUCAUGAAAGUACAUUUCACAUUCAGUUUACGUGUAAUUUGAUCUAUACAUAGAGUAUUAAAAUAUGUAAUUACUCGGAUGGUUUGUUUGCAGUUUUUUUUCUACAAUUUAUAUAUUAAAUUCAAACUACAAUUACCAAAGUCAGUCUACGUAGAUAGACAAUCUUUAAUUAAAAUUUCUGAGUGAUGUAUUAAAGCUUUACGUUUUCCAUAUAAUUAUAUAUGCAUCCACUACUGGAUGCACAUGCUAUUAAAAGGCUCAUGAAAUUGGCUUCUUACUUUUUACUAUUUAAUGGCAUUUUCAUGACCAUAGCUUUAACGCCAUAUAUUAAAAAGCCAUGAAAUAAGUCAAUUAAAAUCCUGGUAAAAUAUACCUUGUUAAAAUGACUUUGAGGGCCAUGAAAAGCUUCUAAAAAUAAAACAUUAAAAUAAUUCAAUUGGCUCCUUAAAACCCCAUGACAUUUUUUAAUUGGCAUUAAAUUAAUGAGCCAUUAAAAAAGUACCCCUUAAUUUCACAUUAAUUAGUAAAAACGAAGAGGGCCAUUAAUUUUUUUUUAAUACUCUAUUAAUGGCUGUUAAUUAUUUAGAAUUAGUUAAUUGUCUCAUUAAAUAUGUCAGAUUCAAUUUUAAUGAGUUUGCAAUAUUGUAAUGGUAUAUCAAAUAAAGGGCCAUGAAAAUUUACCACAAGAAUUAUUAGUCAUUAUUAAGAUAAUCAACUUAAUAUUGAGAUUUGCCUUAUAGAUUUAAACUAUGUAUUACUACACAUGUAAUAGUAUCUAUACACAUGUACUGUUUUAUAAAAUGCUAGAAGAAUAUUUUAUUCUUUUUUUUUCUUAUUAUUUUGUUAUGUAAACACAUGUAACAGCCUUGUACAAACAUUUGUCAUAUUGUAUUCUCAUUCUGCCAUAAUAUGUUAAUAUGUAAUCAGAAAAUAAACGGAUAUUGUAUU